AUGACGACGAUGCUGUUUUCCAGCACCACAGUCGACACUAAGGAGGGUAAAGUAGCAGUAGUUGCCGACAAUGCACCUGACACGGACUGCUCCCUCAGCAAUAAAGAAUCCGAGGACAGCCAAUACCUAACUCUUGAUAGCAGUGACAGAUCAAGCACCAUUCCCAUGACAAAAUGUCCAACCAGUAGACGGGACAUUGGUAAAGAGAUGACGCGUCCAGAAGGUCCAGAAGACCAGGGAAGAGGUGACCCUGGAAAUGGUAUGAUGAUUACAACAUCAAUUCAAGAGGAUCUCAAGCUCAAUGGGAGACCAAAUGUUGGUCUAGUUGUCGACAAUGCACCUGACACGGACUGCUCCCUCAGCAAUAAAGAAUCCGAGGACAGCCAAUACCUAACUCCUGUAGUUGCCGACAAUGCACCUGACACGGACUGCUCCCUCAGCAAUAAAGAAUCCGAGGACAGCCAAAACCUAACUCUUGUUGCCGACAAUGCACCUAACACGGACUGCUCCCUCAGCAAUAAAGAAUCCGAGGACAGCCAAUACCUAACUCCUGAUAGCAUUGACAGCCCAAGCACCAUUCCAAUGACAACAAGUCAAACAACUUUAGAGAACAAUAGCAGUGUCAGCCCAAGCACCAUUCCAAUGACAACAAGUCAAACAUCUUCAGAGACCAAUAGUGGUGACAGCCCAAACACCAUUCCAAUGACAACAAGUCAAACAACUUCAGAGACCACUGUGAGUCUCAAUGAAUACACCUACUGCGACAGUGUUGGUGCGACCCCAUAUAGGAAAGAAACUGCAGUUGUCGACAAUGCACCUAACACGAACUGCUCCCUCAGCAAUAAAGAAUCCGAGGACAGCCAAUACCUAACUCCUGUUGCCGACAAUGCACCUAACACGGACUGCUCCCUCAGCAAUAAAGAAUCCGAGGACAGCCAAUACCUAACUCCUGAUCCGGAUUCCCCACUUCUGCUCACCUCACAGCCAAAGUUGGCAGAAGAAGGAGAGCUGUUUACUCUGUCAUGUAGAGACAGCGGAGAUAGCAGUGACAGAUCAAGCACCAUUCCCAUGACAAAAUGUCCAACAACUAUGGAGACCAACAGCACUGCGUCAACGACUGAUCAACAAACUAAGGAAAUGACGACGAUGCUGUUUUCCAGCACUACAGUCGUCACUAAGGAGGGUAAAGUAGCAGGUUUGUGUACGAAGAAGAUUGUAAUUCAAACCAACUUGAUGCCCUAA